AUGCCAUAUGUGAAAGUAUGGACCCAUACAGGAGCUCAAAAAACUCAAUAUACAAAUGGAGACCGUUCAAACUUUUGGCUUGGCAUUCCAUUUGCUGACUCAGAAGACUUUAUGGGUGGUAUUUCAACUGUUGGUACAGUUCAAAUACAAUAUACUGGUGACAGAGACGGUCCAGAUGAAUUGAAAGCAAAGAAGUUUACAAAACCAAUAGCACUUUUCACGGAAGAUGCUCUUUUGAAGAUUCGUUCGAUGAAACCUGCUGGGGCUCCUCAGAUUGGUAUAACGACAGCUUCCAUCGAGCAGAUUUUGGCAGCAGGUCAGUAA